UAGUGUCAACCGCGAAUCCAAAGAGGUUGCACGCAUCAAAGAUUAAAAAAAGCAACAGUUAAAAAAUAAAAAAAGAUCAUGUUCUAAAUACAAAUUUUGAAUAGAACGACAUAAGAUUUAACGCAAAAUCUUUUUAGGCGCGGAAACAUAGCGCGUGUUUACAGAAGUGUGUUUAAAAACGUUUUUGCAUGAGUCUAGACUAGAAUUUGAGAAGUUUUCAAGUGUCGGAUUCACGAUUUGAUAUGAUCCUGUACGAUCUCCAGAUAGAAGCCGGUGGCGGCGAGGGCCCCGGGCCCCCGGGCAACAACAACACGGACGGUGCCGUCGCCAGCCCGCCCCGGGAUGACAAUCACAACGCGCAACUUCCCUGCCCCAGGGCUACACCACUUACACCAUCAGAAGCUUUAAAAGCGUUCGGCGAACGACUGACGGACUGGGAAAGGAAUGAAAUAAGGAAAUACCCAGAGAUAUGGUUCCUUGGCUUGGAAGCGAACAAGAUACAGGCGAGGUCCAACCUGCCCAAUAAUUGCGGGUUCGACGAUGAAAACGGCAGUUAUAAUAAACAAAUCCACGACCACAUAGCGUACCGUUACGAAAUCCUGGAGGUGAUUGGCAAAGGUUCCUUCGGACAAGUGAUAAGGGCAUUUGAUCACCGAUCCGGGAACCAGGUGGCCAUCAAGAUCAUCAGGAACAAGAAGCGGUUUCAUCAUCAGGCCCUGGUGGAAGUCAGGGUGCUGGAUCACCUCCGGCUGAAGGACAAGGAUCAAGCCCAUAAUGUGAUACAUAUGUUGGACUAUUUCUACUUUAGGAACCAUUUGUGCAUCAGUUUUGAGUUAAUGAGUAUAAACCUAUACGAGCUGAUAAAGAAGAACAACUACCAGGGCUUCAGCCUGAGCCUCAUCAGACGGUUCGCGAGCUCGCUGCUGCGCUGUCUGCGGCUGCUCGAGGCUGAGAAUAUUAUACAUUGCGAUUUGAAACCGGAGAACAUACUGCUGAAGGCGCGCGGCAGCUCCUCGAUCAAGGUGAUCGACUUCGGCAGCUCGUGCUACGCGCACGCGCGCGUCUACACGUACAUACAGUCGCGCUUCUACCGCAGCCCCGAGGUCAUCCUCGGCCUGCACUACGGCGCGCCCAUCGACAUGUGGAGCAUGGGCUGCAUCCUGGCGGAGCUGCACACGGGCUACCCGCUGUUCCCGGGCGAGAACGAGGCGGAGCAGCUCGCCUGCAUCAUGGAGCUGCUCGGGCCGCCGCCGCCGGACCUGCUGCUGCACGCCACGAGGAAGCGGCUGUUCUUUGACUCGAAGGGCUCCCCGCGCAGCGUGACCAACUCGAAGGGGCGCAAGCGGCGGCCCGGCUCGCGCGCGCUCUCCGCCGCCGUGCGCUGCGACGACCCCGCCUUCCUGCACCUGCUGCACCGCUGCCUCGAAUGGGACCCAAAGCGGCGCAUCACGCCCACGGAGGCGUCCCGGCACGAGUUCGUGACGGGGUGCCCGCUCGCGUCGCCCGGGCUGGCGCCGGCGGCGUUGCCGCGCCUGCCGCCGCCGCGCGCCGCGCGCGCCGCGCUGCUGCACUCGCAGUCCGCGGGCGACGUUGCCGCGAUGCUCGGCCGCGCGUGACCGGACCGCGGGGGCUCCACGGGACCGGUGCCGCACACGCGCAAUUAGCCUUUAUUGUAAUCGCAUAAGGUCUCUCUUAGAAUGUCUAUGUAACAGAUUGGAGCAGGAUUCUGCCCAAUAGGUUUGUAUGUGAAAAUGCUAUGUUUACAGUAUCAAUCUUCAGGGGCUGUUGCAAAGUUUGGACACGCGCAACUAGUCUUUAUUACAAUGGGCUUAGGUCGAUUAUAGAACAGCUAUGUAACCGAACAUCGGAGCAGGAUUCUGUCCAAUAGUUUUCAAUCUCAUCUUUUCAGUACUAUCCACAGGUGAGGACGUGUGGCAUCCACAGGACUGUCUUUAUUAUAAAACUUAUUUAAUAUCUAAUAGAACAAACCAUGUUAAUUAGAACAGGAUUCUGUCCAACAGUGUUGCAUUGAAUUUCAGUCUCAAUCUCCUCCUUACAGUAUAAUUCUGAAAGUGCAAAUAUUGCGCGCGUGAUAUGAUAUCAACAGAACUGUAGAAGAUGCUUAAUUAGUUUUUUUAUCACGUAUAAGAUCUGAACAGCAACAUUUAUGAUACAAAUUCUGUCCAAUAGCCUAAAUGUUUUCAGUAACUCCUCUUUUUGGAAUUUUUAAAUCCUAAGAUAAUUUCUUAGUAUGGAGAGCUCAGAGGAUGUCCUAAAAUUGCUUUGAAAGACUUGACUAUGUAACUCAAUAGUGGGACGGAGCUUUCUACAUAUUUUCUACAAACUAUUCAAAAAAGAAGGAAGUUCUGUCCAAUAGUUUUGUGUUCCCCGGGAGGUUUACAUGACGUCUUAAAGCAGUCCUAUUUUCAGUGUGGGAAAAGACAUAGGUUGUAAGGGACCAUUCCUACUCUGGAAUUAGUACUGCUUUAAGACGUCUCGGUAACCAUCUGUACCAAGCUCUUGUAACCAUAGGUAGGCAUAGGUUCUGUUUAGAUUUCAUGUCUGAUAGAUUUUCACUUUUUCAAACGUUCUAGACUCGAUUAGCUUUCCUCUAGUCAUCGCAAAGUUUUCAAAACAUCAAAUCAAACGACAAUCUGACGUCUUUGUUCAACCAAAGAGGACUUAAAAAAUGAUUUGAACCAUUUAGUUAUACAGGCUGCGGAACUAUCACAUUAUUAAAAUGUUAUACUUU